AUGAAGGUCGGAGAAUCCUCCUCGUCCAACUUGGCUAUCACCAUCACCGUCGAAAAAGAUGGCUUCUAUGAAGUUAACGGCGCCAGGCAGGAGCCCACCGUUUCCCUCCACAUCACAGCUGGGGCAUCCAAGCUUCGUCGGAUGUUGAAGGAAACUGACGACUUGAUUGUUUGCCCCGGUGUAUACGAUGGUCUCUCUGCCCGGGUUGCCAUGCAGGUCGGAUUCAAGGCAAUGUACAUGACUGGUGCUGGAACCACUGCCUCUAGACUCGGAAUGGCAGACCUAGGAUUGGCGCAAUUGUAUGAUAUGAGGACCAAUGCGGAGAUGAUUGCCAACCUCGAUCCCUUCGGACCCCCACUGAUUGCUGAUAUGGAUACUGGAUAUGGUGGUCCCUUGAUGGUUUCCAAGUCCGUUCAACAGUACAUCCAGGCCGGUGUUGCUGGCUUCCAUAUUGAGGACCAAAUCCAGAAUAAGCGCUGUGGUCACCUUGCUGGAAAGAAGGUUGUCGAACUGGAGGAAUAUCUCACCCGCAUACGCGCUGCCAAGUUGACCAAGGAUCGUCUCCGCUCGGAUAUCGUCCUGAUUGCCCGCACUGACGCCCUGCAGCAGCAUGGGUAUGAUGACUGUAUCCGGCGUCUGAAGGCGGCCCGUGACCUUGGUGCGGAUGUUGGACUCUUGGAAGGCUUCACCUCCAAAGAGCAGGCGAGGCAGGCAGUUCAGGACUUGGCGCCAUGGCCCUUGCUCUUGAACAUGGUUGAGAAUGGAGCCGGUCCUGUUAUCACCACGAAGGAAGCGAAGGAGAUGGGCUUCCGCAUUAUGAUCUUCUCCUUCGCAUCCUUGGCACCGGCCUAUCUUGGGAUCAAGUCCGCAUUUGAAAAGCUGAAGAAGGAUGGGAUUACUGGUAUUCCUGACGGCUUGGGCCCGAAGAAGCUGUUCGAGGUUUGUGGAUUGAUGGAUUCGGUGAAGAUCGACACCGAGUCCGGCGGCAGCGGAUUUACCAAUGGUGUUUGA